AUGACUUUUGAUGAAUCUAAUGGUGAUAUUUCCAAAAGUUGUGGUAAAGAUGAUGAUGCAGAUGUUCAAGAAGGACUAAAGAAGCUCACAAUCAAUGACCUAGACACUGCUUCACCAGAAAAUGACUCAAAGGAAGAUGAUUCUCAAGACAGUCCAGCACUGGAAGACAAUGACAAAAAUAGGAGCAUCACUGAAGAGUAUCCAGUCAGUGGUAGUGAAAAGGAACUGGAGCAAUCCACCAAUGCUCAUGCAUGCGUCACGAAAACACCCAGAAAUGUGACGGAAUCUCACAAUAAAAAGGGAAAAAGGUCCUCUAAAAGGAAGGGGAUUGCUCAAACUAAGGAAAGGCAAACUGCUACUCCUUCUGUUGAGCAAAGUGAGAAACAGCAGGCUGCAGAGAAAAAUGCUGGGGAGCAGCAAACUGCUGAACCUUCUACCAAGAAGUCACCAAGGACAAGUUCUGGUGUUCAGAAUACUGUGUCAACCGAUCAACGCAGUGGAAAGAGAAAGCGUCCUGCCAAAGAGCAACCUGAAGCUCAGAUUGCAGAGGAACCUACCCCUUAUCCAAGUUCAUUGAUAAUGAUGCCAAGGAGAGGUUCGAAUGGAUCUCGCAGAAAGGCUUCAUCACUCAGAGGACUAUCAUCCCAUACGAAUUUCGACAAUGAGAAUGCACAUCAAAAGGAGCCUAGAACUAAACCAACUACUGAAACUACUCCAGAGUACCGUGCCUCCAGUUCUCAACCACAGGACAAAGGAAAAACUCCAGCAACUGAAAAAGAAACUGAAGAGGAUGAUGAUGAGGACACUGAAGAGGAAGAAGUGCAUCCUGCUCAGUUUGGCCUAGCAAGGAGGAGGCCUGGAUCGUCAAAGAUUACCAUUUAG